CCAUGCUGUGCGAUGGUUGUGCCUUACUGCUGCUCUUCUCAAACUGUUUUCUCUCCUUUUUGUCACAGGGGAUGUAGCGGUGAAAAUUCUCAAAGUUACUGAUCCAACUCCAGAACAGUUCCAGGCCUUUAGAAAUGAAGUAGCAGUCCUCAGAAAAACUCGGCAUGUCAACAUUCUGCUUUUCAUGGGCUACAUGACACAAGACAACCUGGCUAUUGUUACACAGUGGUGUGACGGAAGCAGCCUCUACAAACAUCUGCAUGUACAGGAGACCAAAUUCCAGAUGUUCCAGCUGAUCGACAUUGCCAGGCAGACGGCACAGGGAAUGGACUAUUUACACGCAAAGAAUAUCAUCCACAGAGACAUGAAGUCAAACAAUAUAUUUUUGCAUGAAGGGCUGACGGUGAAAAUUGGUGAUUUUGGCCUGGCGACAGUGAAGUCUCGGUGGAGCGGUUCUACGCAAGUGGAGCAACCAACUGGAUCAAUCCUGUGGAUGGCUCCAGAGGUCAUCCGAAUGGAAGACAAUAACCCAUUCAGUUUCCAGUCAGAUGUGUAUUCAUAUGGCAUGGUCCUGUUUGAGUUAAUGACAGGAGAACUGCCCUAUUCUCACAUAAGAGACAGAGAUCAGAUCAUAUUUUUGGUUGGCCGAGGUUGCAUGGUGCCUGAUCUAAGCAAGUUGUAUAAGAACUGUCCUAAAGCAAUGAAGAGGCUUGUCGCAGACUGCAUACAGAAAUUAAAGGAUGAUAGGCCGCUGUUUCCUCAAAUCCUCUCCUCCAUAGAGCUGUUACAACACUCACUUCCCAAAAUCAACCGAAGUGCUUCCGAGCCCUCCCUUCACCGCGCCGCCCACACAGAAGACAUCAAUUCGUGCACGUUGACGUCCACGAGAUUACCAGUUUUCUGAAGAGACUGUCACCCGCCAAGCUUCCUCGCUCAUAAGUCUGUUGAAGAAA